UGAAAUCUGAAUUCUGAAUUCUUUCCCCAAUUCACACUUGCGAGCCCACUCUAGUGCCCAUUUCAUGUCAUGCUCACUAGAUUCAGCUACAUAGCUAAGCUAAGACACGCUUUCAAGUUUCCAAGGCACAUAGACACAGACACGCUCAGAACAGAACCUGACCAAAAUAGUUAUAUCCUACUCACAUUUUACAUUCCCACCUCUUUCCUUUCCCCCUCACCAUUCUCGAGAUUCUCGCUUUUACUACAUUACCCCUCUCAUUUCAUUCUGGGUUUAAGGUAGGGUUUAACUAGAAAGAAAUUUUUAACAAAAUAAUAGAGAGAGAGGCAAAAACCAAAAGACGUGGUCUUUCUCAUUGAUAUAUACAUACACAGAUCCCUAUGGAAUGAAGUGGGUGCUCCCCAAUCUUCGCUUGCGAUAAUUCAUUCUUUUUGCUUAGUUUAAAGAGACCAGUUUUGUUGUGUUCGGAGAGAGACAGAUUUGUGUGUUGAGCGCAUAGAACGAUGAGUUUGGUUGGUAGAGGAGCAAGUUUUGCAUUGUAGUAGUUGUAGCAAUAGCCACACAACAAAAGAAAACAAAAAACCAAGUCUUCGUCAUCUUCGUAUGCAGAGAUUUUUCUUCAACAUGAUGAUGAUGAUUAGUUUAUUUACCAAACAAUGAUUGCCUUGCCUUCCUUCGUGAGAUACUGGUAGCAAUUUCAAACCUUUUCGAGUAACCAAAAAGAAAAGAAAAGAAAAAACAAAAGCUAGAAGAUGAAGCGCAUGAAUGAGAGUAACAACACCGAUGAUGGAAACAAUCAUAACUGGUUGGGGUUCUCUCUCUCGCCCCACAUGAAAAUGGAGGUUACUUCGGCAGCCACUGUUUCCGACAACAAUGUUCCGACAACCUUCUACAUGUCCCCUUCUCACAUGUCCAACUCCGGAAUGUGUUACAGUGUCGGGGAAAAUGGUAACUUCCAUUCUCCUCUUACCGUUAUGCCUCUCAAGUCUGAUGGGUCACUUGGUAUCUUGGAAGCUCUCAAUAGAUCACAAACGCAAGUGAUGGUGCCAACUUCGUCUCCGAAAUUGGAGGACUUCUUAGGUGGUGCAACUAUGGGAACUCACGAAUAUGGGAACCACGAGAGAGGUUUGAGCCUAGACAGCAUCUAUUAUAACUCACAAAACGCAGAGGCUCAACCCAACAGAAACCUUCUUUCACAUCCCUUCAGGCAACAAGGGCAUGUGAAUGUCGAAACACACCCUUAUUACUCUGUAUUUGCUUGUCGAGGUUUGUAUCAGGCACCGUCGGAGGAAGAAGCAACAAAGGAAACGCACGUUUCAGUAAUGCCUCAAAUGACAGGAGGAGGUUUGCAAAACUGGGUAGCUCCAACAAGGGAGUAUUCAACUCAUCAGCAGAUUCUGGAGCAGCAAAUGAACUGUGGCAUUUGGAAUGAGAGAAGUGGGGUAUCUGUUGGAACUGUGGGGUGUGGAGAGUUGCAAUCUCUAAGCUUAUCUAUGAGUCCUGGUUCUCAGUCUAGUUGUGUCACUGCUCCUUCUGGAACAGAUUCUGUGGCUGUGGAUGCAAAGAAGAGAGGGCAUGCUAAACUUGGUCAGAAGCAGCCUGUGCAUAGAAAAUCUAUUGACACAUUUGGGCAAAGAACGUCGCAGUAUAGAGGCGUCACAAGGCAUAGAUGGACUGGUAGGUAUGAAGCGCAUUUGUGGGAUAAUAGUUGCAAGAAGGAAGGGCAGACUAGGAAAGGAAGACAAGUAUAUUUGGGAGGUUAUGAUAUGGAAGAAAAAGCUGCAAGAGCCUAUGAUCUCGCGGCUCUUAAGUACUGGGGACCUUCAACGCACAUAAACUUUUCGAUAGAAAAUUACCAAGUUCAACUUGAGGAAAUGAAGAACAUGAGCAGACAGGAAUACGUUGCACACUUGAGAAGAAAAAGCAGCGGAUUUUCUAGAGGUGCUUCAAUAUACAGAGGGGUCACAAGGCACCACCAACAUGGAAGAUGGCAAGCGAGGAUAGGCAGAGUUGCUGGGAACAAAGACCUUUACCUUGGGACAUUCAGCACUCAAGAGGAAGCAGCAGAAGCAUACGAUAUAGCCGCAAUAAAAUUCCGCGGCGCGAAUGCAGUCACAAACUUUGACAUUUCAAGAUACGAUGUCGAGAGAAUCAUGGCCAGUAGUAAUCUCCUCGCUGGGGAGCUUGCAAGGCGAAAUAAAGAUAACGAUCCAAGAAACGAGGCCAUUGACUACAACAAGAGUGUAGUAACAAGUGUGAACAAUGGGGAAACGGUUCAAGUUCAAGCAAGAAACAACAAUGAAAAUGAUUCGGAGUGGAAGAUGGUUUUAUUUAAUCACCCUUUACAGCAACAGGCAAAUGGCAGUGACCAUAAAAUAAUGAACUGCGGAAAUUCCAGGAACAGUGCAUUUUCUAUGGCCCUACAAGAUCUCAUUGGGGUUGAUUCGGUGGGUUCUGAGCAGCAUAAUAUGCUGGAUGAUUCUAGCAAAAUUGGGACUCAUUUUUCAAACCCGUCCUCGCUGGUGACAAGUUUAAGCAGCUCAAGAGAGGCUAGUCCUGAGAAAAUGGGUCCCUCGCUUCUGUUCCCAAAGCCUCCUCCAAUGGAAACAAAGAUUGUGAACCCCAUUGGUACGAGUGUUACCUCUUGGUUACCCUCACCAACGGUUCAAAUGAGGCCAUCUCCUGCUAUCUCUUUGUCUCACUUGCCAGUUUUUGCUGCUUGGACUGAUACUUAAAACAAGAUAGAUCCGUUUCAUUUUUCAUUUUUCAUUUUUCGUUUUAUGUUAUGUAGCUAAAAUUUACUUUUAUUUCUAAUUUGAUUCCCUCAGUUUAAAAGGUUUUAUUUAUUUUGAUAUAAAGUGUUUAUGUUAGAUUAAAUUGAUCGUUUUGUCGGAGGGUUUACACUAACACUGAUAAAAUAUUGAUUUUGAUGACAUUUUCUAACUGUUUGUGACCAUGUUAGUGUGAUAAUUUGACGGAAACAUCAAUUUGAUCUAAUAUUAAUAAUACUUUAAAGGGUCAAGGUAAAAUUUUUAACCAUGUUAUGUCAUGGAUGUAAUGUAAUAGAAAAUGGUGGGGAGUGGUGUUUUGGAGGGAUGAGAAGAAAUGGUUGAUGGGGACAAAAGUUGGGUUUUGAGGUAACAUUUGGCGUUUCUACUGUGCCAAGACGUGAGUGGAGGAAUUUUGGGGAAUUAAUGAAAAGCAGGGUUGGGGCCACCUAUCUGUCAUCUUUAUGUAACAAGUGUAACAUGGCCUUUACAAACAUAGCCUUUUGGCUAUAUGCUGGAAUGGAAAUAUUCAUAUCUUGAGGGAAGAAUUAAUUAAAGGAGGGGACUAUGAUUAAAUUCCGUGAAA